UGUUGGAGUCCUCACCGGGAGGUGCAGCGCAUAUAUAAGAGCUGGUCCACCGGUUGCGAUCACUGGGCUCCAGCUGCGGGCGCCCUCUGCCCUUUGUGCAUGGGUUUGAUCGCACCAUUUGUGGCAGAGUUUGUCGGUAGUCGCAGGCAGUGCUGCCUGAUUUUUGGCUUGAUGUUUGCUGUGAUGGCACUGGUUGAAAUAAAGCCAAAACUCUUCUGAAGUCCGUGUUUAAAACUAAUUCCAAAUGUACCCUCUGUGUCUGGUUCGGGACGGGAGGGUUGCAGCUGGGAUUUCAGAGCUGCUGGCCACAGUGUUGCUCCCAUGAGGGCUCUGAAGUGGUUUUUGAAAACAACCAAGGUCUUAGUGCAGUUCCAUUUGCUUGUCUGUGAGAUGACUGGUAUUUGCUUUGAAACCUAAAUUUUCCUGGAAGCUUGAUGCCAGACAUUGUUUCUAGAUAAUAAAUCCCUGAGGGUGCAUAGUUUCCGAGUUCAGGCUGUCCGUAAGCCCUGUUUAUAAGUCUCCCUGCUGCUUCUCCUAGCACGUGUGGGCAGAGGAUCGCCGUGUCCAAAUACAUUUCCUUCAGGAGUGGGGGAUGCGGCGGUGCUAUAACCUCGAACGUCCCUGUGUGGAGCUGCGCCGAGCUCUCAUUGUGGAAGUAGCUCUUGCUUCUGUCCUGUGCGUGGUACCACUGGUGGGCUUUGAGAAGUGGUGGUGCCUGCUGCCAUCAUCCCACGUUGCAUCUCUGCCUUUUGGAUGCUUUUCUUGGGCAAGUGGUUGCCUCUGGCUAAUCAGUCCCUUGAUUUCUGCCCCACGCUACUGGAAGGCAGCCAGGGUCCCCACACCCGUGCAGUAUGCUGCACAGCGCUUUCCAGUAUUCAGAAAAUAUCCUCUACCACCUAGGGUAAACAUCAAACACCUUUCCUGUGUCAGGAAUACGGAAACCGUUCCCUGAAGAAAAGCCAGCUUUGAGCAAAGCGGCAUGUGUGAUGGCUUCAAGCACUUUCAGACCAUGUUAAAGACCAAGUUGAAUGUCCUAACUCUUCGGAAGGAGCCUCUCCCGACAGUGAUCUUCCACGAACCAGAAGCCAUUGAGCUGUGUACCACAACGCCCCUCAUGAAGACCCGGACUCACACUGGAUGCAAGGUUACAUAUUUGGGUAAGGUUUCCACAACAGGGAUGCAAUUUUUGUCAGGCUGCACAGAGAAACCAGUCAUUGAAUUAUGGAAGAAGCACACGCUCGCCAGGGAGGAUAUUUACCCAGCUAAUGCCCUUCUGGAAAUUCGCCCUUUCCAAGUCUGGCUGCAUCAUCUGGACCUCAAAGGCGAGGCAACAGUCCAUAUGGAUACCUUUCAGGUAGCACGUAUAGCCUACUGCACUGCUGACCACAACAUCAGCCCAAACAUCUUUGCUUGGGUCUACAGGGAGAUCAACGAUGACUUGUCCUACCAGAUGGACUGCCAUGCUGUAGAGUGUGAGAGCAAGCUGGAGGCCAAGAAGCUGGCUCAUGCUAUGAUGGAGGCCUUUAAGAAGACUUUUCACAGCAUGAAAAGUGAUGGCCGGAUCCACAGGAAUAGCUCAUCAGAGGAAGUGUCUCAUGAAUUUGAAUCUGACGAUGGCUGACUGAACUCAUUCAUGGUUCAGCAAAGGCAGAAAUGGCCUAGGGAAUGCGAGCUGAUAGAUGAAUAAGCAACAAUUGAAAUUGGGGAAUGGAAAGGCUGCCAAACACUUGGCUGACCAGCUUUUUAAAUCAAAAGAGCAAUUUGGUACCUAAAGAUAUGCAUCAUUAAAGUAAUUAUGUUACAUUGAAAUCUGCUGCUGUUGUAAACAUGAGAAAAAAGCUUCCCUCUCCCUCCAAAUCUUUCUCACCCGCCCAUCGCUGUCCCUUUCUCAUCUCUGUAGUUCAGGUGAAUACUGCAAAGUAGAUUCAUUCCUGUUUGUCUUACAAGACCGGUCAGGGAAUUUUAUUAGUUGCUCCUUUGGCGUUCCUUGCUGGAGGCUGAUGCUGAUGCACAAGAGCAAGUAGACCUACAGAGCCCUAAUGGCUCUUGAAGAGUCUUUCUCCAAGAUGCAUCACAAAAAUCCUUUGACCAUACGUAGGCUAAGACAGCCGUACAUAGCCUUUUAGACUAAUGGCCUGGCAUUCUACUGUUAAUUCACAUUUCACAGAUUGAAAAAUGAAAAAAGAUCCUUGUAUGUACACAUUAUAUCAUAUGCUAUCCUUUAUUUUAUUCAUUGUACCUAUUUUCUUAAUAUACCUGCUGUCACAUCUUUCACCCGGCACCAGUAGGUGCAGUUUCAGACUACAGACUGCAGGAUACCAAAAACGGGUGGGCCGAACCCCCACGGUGGCUAGGAGUACAGUGAGCCAGCACCCCUUUCUGCUCACGUUCAAGCUCUCGUUUGCUCAGUAGGAGGGCGGCCCACUGGUAAGAGUUGAGGGACACUUGGGUCUGUCGGUGUUUGAACUGUGACUCCUCACCAACCUCAGGUCUGAAGUGGUAUGAAUAUGGUAACCUCGACUCCGUGUCACUGGUCUCCGUGUCACCGGUCUGUUGGGCCUGGUUUGAUGGAGCUGGCUCUGCCUGGCCAGGAAGCCAGGGCUGCAUUACUGUAAAGAUCGAAGGAAACGGCCCCGUAGGAGUCAGGUCUGAACAUUUGUUCUGGUUGAGAAGCCCAUGUUAAGAUUCUCAUACCUUUCCUUGUGCAGAGAUAUAAAGAGUCAUGCCUUUCUUAAAUGCAAAUGUUUAAUAAAACUCAAAUAAAA